CGGACCUUUUGAUGAGGCCGACCAGCUCAGUUCUGCCCGACUAAGUAAGCGCCGUGAUUCCCCGCCGGGCAGAAAGACUCGCCGUUUCCUGGCGCAGCAGAUGCGUCCAUGGCUGCGUUGACCAGCGCUGCUUGAAGGGGGCCAGAUGCCCUUAUUAAAGGGGCCAAGAAGCCCAGUGUUGUCUGUUUUUUUUUUUUUUUCUCUCUCUCUAUCCAGUUUCAUCCAGAUCGAAGAACACGAAACAAAUUACGCUUUAUACACCCCAAAAUAACUGACUAUACCAUUCACAACAAUCAUCCACAAUGGCUGGCCCCAAACCUACUCUUGCUUUCUUCGGUGCGACUGGUGGCAGUACCAUCUCGUGUAUUGCUCCAGCCAUCGAAGCUGGAUACAAGUGCAAUGCUCUGGUGCGGACCCCAUCGAAGCUGGAGAAUCUACUCCGCGAACGCAAGGUCUCGGACUCUGCCAUCGCCGCCAACCUCCAGAUCACCGCUGGCAACGUUACCGAUGUUGAGGCCGUCAAGAAGACUCUCGUCCGCGACGGAGCCAACGUUGACAUUGUCAUCUCCGGCAUUGGAGGCAAGCUGCUGUUCACCAACCCUCUGAAGCCAACUCUCGACAACCCGACCAUCUGCCAAGAUGCUAUCUCCACCAUCAUUAGCGCCCUGAACAGCCUGGCGGGUCCUAAGCCGACCCUCGUGGCGCUCAGCACCACCGGCAUCAGUGACAAGAAGCGCGAUCUCCCCGUCGCCAUGAUGCCCAUGUACCACUGGAUGCUCAAGGUGCCGCACAAGGACAAGAAGGUCAUGGAGGCUGCUAUCCUCAAGGAGGUCGCCAACCCGGAGGGCGAGCGUGCCAUCAGUGACUACGUGAUUGUCCGUCCUAGCUUGCUGACGGAUGGCCCCAGCAUUGGUACCGACAAGAUCAAGGCGGGCACGGAGGAAAAGCCCGCCGUGGGCUACACCAUCACCAGAGAUGAUGUCGGUCUUUGGGUGUUUGAGAAGCUCAUCAAGGAGAAUCAUUCUUACCAUGGCCAGAUUGUCACCAUCACUGCUUAGAAUCUGCCUACUCCACGCUAGCUGCACUGUUAUGCCCUGUCUGUCUACUUGUAUCGAUGAUAUCCCCUUGAAUCAUGCAUAACGCUCUUGAGACUUGAUCAACCACCGUUUUACAUAGAUUUUGCUUUUUUUUCGGUUCUCUUUUUGGCCCCCAUGUUAGAGGCUUAGAGCAGUCCUA